ACAAUCACAUCUGACAUCUUCUUAUCACCUUUCAAUAAAAUUAUAUAUUCUAUAAAUCAACAUCCUUUUCAAUCCUCGGUGGGCAUUAUGGCAAACGCGGCAUCUGGUAUGGCUGUAAACAACGAGUGCAAGAUGAAGUUCUUGGAGUUGAAAGCAAAGAGAAACUACCGAUUCAUAGUUUUCAAGAUCGAAGACAAGACACAACAAGUUGUCAUCGAGAAGUUAGGCCAACCAAACGAAAGCUAUGCGGAUUUUCAGAAAAACUUGCCCGCCAAUGAGUGUCGCUAUGCCGUCUAUGACUUAGAUUUCACCACCGUCGAGAACUGCCAAAAAAGCAAAAUUUUCUUUUUUGCAUGGUGUCCUGAUUCAUCACGGGUGAGAAGUAAGAUGAUAUAUGCGAGCUCAAAGGAGACGUUCAAGAGAGAGCUAGAAGGGAUCCAACUGGAACUCCAAGCAACAGACGUUGGCGAGAUGAGUCUUGACAUCGUCAAAUCCAGGGCCUUGUAACGUUUGUUGAGUUGCAAAAAAUGUAAAAUGUUCAAAAAUAAAUAAAUAAUACAUUGUGGGGGCAA